UCAGCCUUUGAACUAAAAAAAUAAUUUCUCUUCCCAUUGAAAAGAAAUUCUGGGCUCUCAUGCUUUGGGGCUGCUGGAUAAGAAAAUGCUAGUAAUCCUUCGUCCCUGCAAUUCUUGCUACUUUCCCGACUGUGCUGUACCUCCGAAGGCAAUCGGCGUUUCAAGCAACGUAUUGCUCAAGAAAGCAUAUCUUAAACCCUUACUAAAACCCCAAAAGUUCUCGUCUUUCGCCACUACUGGACUUUCCAAUACUUUCAGCUCUCUAAUUUCCCGAAAGCUUGCAUUUUGGAGCACACCCGGCGUCGCCUUUUGCUCAAAAAAUGGAGAAUCCGAUGGCUUUUCAAGUACCCAGCUGUCACAAGAGUCUGUUGGUGAUAUAAUUCAAGAACCCGAAAAGCUUGGGUUGCUUAACAAGCCUUCCCCGCUUCCUGAUAAGAAUGGGUCGCCUUCAGAAGUGGAUAUGGAAUCAGGGAAGUCAGCUAAAGAUGAGGAGGAGGCUUUGGCGCCAUUUAUGAAGUUCUUCAAGGGAAGUGAUUCUGUGGAGGAAGCAAAAGAGGAAGGAGGGGUAUCAGAAGUUUCCGAGGAGAAGAUUCGUGUAGGAGGCGUAAAUGAAGAAACUAAGAAGAUUAAUGUUGAAUAUUAUGAACCCAAACCAGGGGAUUUUGUAGUAGGUGUUGUUGUUUCAGGUAAUGAAAAUAAGCUCGAUGUUAAUGUGGGGGCUAACUUUCUAGGUACGAUGUUGACAAAGGAGGUGCUUCCUUUGUACGGUAAAGAAAUUGAAUACUUGUUAUGUGAUUUAAAUAAGGAUUCUGAGAAAUUCAUGGUUCCUGGGAAGAUGGGGCUUGUGAAGGACGAUGAUGUUAUAAGUGGGAUACCUCCGCCAGGAAGACCUGUCGUUGAGGUUGGAACCAUUUUGUUUGCUGAGGUUCUUGGUAGGACGCUUAGUGGUCGGCCAUUGCUUUCUACAAGACGGCUCUUUCGCAGGAUGGCUUGGCAUAGAGUGAUGCAGAUAAAACAGCUCAAUGAACCUAUUGAGGUUAGAAUUACAGAGUGGAAUACUGGGGGCCUACUAACAAGGAUUGAGGGUUUGCGAGCUUUCCUUCCCAAAGCAGAGCUCAUGAAGAGAGUGAAUAGCAUUUCUGAGUUGAAAGAUUAUGUGGGACACCAAAUGUCUGUACAAAUAAGUCGUGUUGAUGAAGCUACAAACAACUUGAUACUCAAUGAACGGGAAGCUUGGGAAAAGCUAUAUCUUCGGGAGGGAACACUUCUAGAUGGGACUGUGAAGAAGAUAUUUCCAUAUGGAGCCCAAGUAAGAAUAGGAGAAACUAACAGGAGCGGGUUGCUGCAUGUUUCAAAUAUCACUCGAGCUGAAGUUACUGCCGUCAGUGACAUACUUUCUGUAGAUGAGAAGGUUAAAGUUUUGGUGGUGAAAUCAUUGUUUCCUGAUAAAAUUUCUUUAAGCAUUGCAGACCUUGAAAGUGAACCUGGCCUAUUUCUAUCAAACAAAGAGAGAGUGUUUGAAGAAGCUAAAAUGAUGGCAAAGAAGUACAAGGAAAAGCUGCCUCCUUCUGUGACUCGUCAACGGUCAGAUCCUCCACCAACAAGUUCCCUGCCUUUUGAAAAUGAAACACUUUAUGCAAACUGGCACUGGUUUCAAUUUGAAAAGGAAUGAUUACACCAGGUUGAUCCUUAGGGCAUGUUUGGAUUAAAGAUAAUGGAGAAAAAGGAAAUGGGAGGGAGAUUUUAAUUUAGACAUUUUCUUUCUCUUCUACUCCUUACCCUUUAUCUUAUCCUUACAUCACUCAUCUCAAUCCAAACACAUCUUCAAGCUCAAAACUAUCUUCCAAUGGAAUCUGAGAAGAGAGGACUUGACAUGAGGAACACACUCUUAUGGAAAAGCUUUUGAUGAGGCCAUUGUUCUCCUAAUGGAUCAAAGUUACUUUGCCAUGCAUCAUCACAUUCACAUAGAGAGCUCAAGCCUCCUUAUUCCUUAACAUGUGGUGAAAGGAUGAGUGUUUCUGGUUUGGCUUUCCUUUCACCCCCCGGUAUCGGCUGCUUUGUUUCUGGCUAGACUCUGUAAAUCUUGAUGUAAAUUAUGAUUAGACAUCGGACUUUACCCUAAAAUUGUAAUCCUGUUAUCAUGAGUUACAUCUUGUUUUUGUAGGAUGAAACCCUAGUUUAUUGAUCUGGAUUGUGUAAUUCUAUACCCUUGAGUUUUAGUUUACAUGCCUUUGCCUGAAUAUGGAAUAAAGGAAGAUGUGAAAAAUGAUAAUGGAAGUGAGUCAGAUCAAA